GAGAUGGUAACUUCACGUUUGACGAGUUCGCCUUGAUCGUCUCCAAGAUGGGCCCGGGGAGCGGCCAGCAGUCCCGGGCCGAGGCCGAGCAGGCUCUGCGAGACGCCUUCAGGGUGUUCGACAAGCACGGUCGCGGCUUCAUCAGCGCGUCGGACCUGCGCGCCGUGCUGCAGUGUCUGGGGGAGCGGCUCAGCGACGAUGACAUUGAGGCGAUGAUUGACGAGGUCGACAUUGAUGGAGACGGAAGAAUCGACUUCUUUGAGUUCGUCAGCGCUAUCACGGACGACUCGGAAGUUGAGACGGUCGUCUAGACGUACCGGCGGAGCCCUGUUUUGUUUGCAUGCAAAACAUUGCGCCGGGAGCCAGCUAUUCGGCGGUCUUACUAACACCUGCGUCUUACAUUCCAUGCUUGCUUGCCGAUGCUGACUGUGCUUUGACACAGUUGUGACUUGUUUUUCUCAGAACCCAGUCGAAAAAGGGAGCAGUGACGUAAAACCGAUCACAUAUGUUAACGUUAAAAGGGCCUGAAAGUCAAUAAUAAACACCGUUCAGGUGCAUCCGCAUCGAAAA